AUGGCCCCAGAGCAAAGGCCCCCGAAGCACACUGAAGAGGAGUGGGAAGGGAUCAAGGAGGUCUUCACCACACUCUGGAUAGACGACGACUUAUCCUUACGGGAAGUUAUCGACGCCAUUGCCACCAGUCACAGCUUCCAAGCGAGAACAUUCACCGCCAAUGCAUCAAGCUCUGCCGUCCAUGAUGGCAACAGGUUAAGAGCAGAAAGAAACCAAUACCCUGAGAUUCUCAGUGGAUUAAUGCCGUCAUUGAAACCAACACUCUUCAGGCCCCUACAGUCGCCAGGCCAUCUAAGAUCCAUGCACCUCGCCGCAUUUGCAAUCCAUGAUUCCUUCCAACGUGCCCAGAUGCUCAUGCUGGCUCCUCCUAUGAACGACGCAAACCGAACCGGUUUGACAGUUCCACACAGGCAUGAAGAUGGCUGGCCUCUUGGAGAGUUUUAUGUGAGGGCUCAAACCCUUUCCUCCUUCAUGUCCGUCCCCAACUUCGCAUCCCGAGCUCUCAACAUUGAGACACUGAAUGGUGGAAUCCAGGACUAUGUCAGUCAGGUGGUCGACGACAUGACUCCGAGCCCCAUCAAUAUUAUCUGUAUACUACAGCUCUGUUGUAGAUUUUGUCACGAUGACCAGAUUCCCGUUCUCAGAAUUCUUUUUCGCUUUAUCAGGCAGAGGGCCGCCUUGAGAACCCACGGGCACCAUCUCCAGUUGCUAUGCGACUCGCUCCUGGAUUCGUUGGAUAUUCUUCUGCCCAUCAUACUCUUUGCCGCCCGCCAGGCAGUGCAGAAUUCAAGUACUGUACUCGGGCCGCGUCAUCCUCAGACUCUCAGCGCUCUGCGUGGGCUUCAUUCAGCUUUGUUGUGCUGGGGGGACUUCUCCAGUGCCCUGCAGGUUUCUAUUCACUGUGAGAACCAGGAGACAGAGGUCGAGCGAGACAGCUUAGAUGCAACGACCGCAUGGCGCGUGGAGGCGGCAGUCAGGCGGAUCCGCUGUGAACUGUCCAUGAACCGGCUCCACGAUGCUGAGGUCCACUUAAGCGAGCUGGCACGGUCAGUGAGGGCUAUCGAGGUUGAGUCUGGAAGUAUCGACUGGCAUAUCUUGUUUGCGUUUUUGGAUUUCCGCGGUGAGCUACUGCGUCUCCAGGGGAAUCCAGCUGCAGAGGACUUGCUUGAGGAGGCGUAUUCUGUUGCACAAGCUAACUGCCAGUUGUUUAAUUGGUGGUAUUUUAUAUAUGCUGAAAGGCAUAUGGAGUUUGCCAAAAAGCCAAUGAAUCGCUGGACACCGUUCCAUCUUUUCGUAUGA